CCUCGUCGUCCGCAACCGCCGCCGCCGCUUCCGCAUGUUCUCAGGCCUCCACGCCCUCGACGACGCCCAGCGCCGCAACAUCCUGGUACGUACCUCCCUCUGGGCCGGCACCGGCGCAGCUGUACAGCCGUACAGGCCGUAGAAUUGGAAUCCUUCUCCGCGUCGCUUUCGUUGAAUUGCGCCGUUCAAAACAGUGAAUGCGCAUUACGGGCUUGCGAAAUUGCUAGGAAACUUCCUCGGUCCGGAUCAGCCUUGAGCCGUGGUACGUUAUGUGGACGAGCACGCUCACCUCUGGCAGGCCAUUGCUUUGCCUUUGUACUCGAGAUCCAUAUCGCUACUCAGGAGCUUGAUCGUUUUUCAUCGACUCAUCGACUUCAUUUCCUUCAGCACCACUCUCAAAAAAGGCCUCGUAACCCUCUUUACAACACUACCACAUCAUCAAGAGUGUCAUAAAACUAAGAAUGAAACAGUAUCUCUAAAUGCAAAAAUUCACUUCAUUAUUUGGUAGACUAACCUACCAAUUAAAUGCUACAACUGAAUGAACAAUAGAAAUUAGUAAAAUAUGUGAAGAUGAAACAAAUCACUCUUAAUGAAGGUUUCACACGGUUUCUAAGGCAUUGGAAACGUGUUGACAUGGUUUUAUCCCCAUAAAACUAAUUUUAUCUCACAAAACUCAUUCAUCUUAAAUGUAUGGCAUGUCAUCUAAAACACUGAUAUGAUACACUAUUAAAUGUGCAUUUGAGAAUAGCCUAAAGACAAGUGGUCGUGCCAGCAGCCACGUUUUUGCUUGGCGAGCAAGCUGGCUAUGCCGCCACAUGGCACGCGAGGAGGCACUAGUGCCACGCCAGCCAUACCUCGAGCAAGCAAGUCAUCAGUGUCGAAGAGAUGGUUAAGGCUGCGCUUCCAGGUCCAUGAACUCCUUCCCGCUGGCCCUACUUCGCCAUCACGGAAUGAUAUUUGCGUUUGUUACCAGGGAAAAGUUCAGGUUGUAAUUAAUGUGCACAAGGCAGCGCUGCAUUUUAUGGACGGUAUAAGACGAUACCACCUAUCUCCUGAGCUUAUCGAAGAAGGAUUUUGUAUCAGUCCAGAUGAACUGGCAGCAAUUACUGGAAUCCGUGAAGACUCUACGAUCCUCAAGUCACAUGGUGGAAUCAGUGGAAUAUCUAGGAAAAUCAAGGCAUCAUUGGAUGAUGGCAUCAAGGAAACUGAAAUAGCAACCAGACAGAAGCUGUAUGGCAGCAACAAGCACACCGAGAAACCUCCUAGAAGCUUCUGGACGUUUGUCUGGGAUGCGUUGCAUGACCUGACGUUGAUUAUUCUAAUCGUUUGUGCCGUUGUUUCUCUAAUGGUUGGCCUUGCCACUGAGGGAUGGCCGAAGGGCAUCUAUGACGGCCUUGGCAUAAUAACCAGCAUUUUGUUGGUGGUGCUGGUCACAGCAUCCAGUGAUUACAAACAGUCACGGAAGUUCAUGGAGCUGGACUACGAGAAAAAGAAGAUAUACGCCCUUGUCACUAGAGAUAGGAAAACCAAAAGGGUACUGAUUCAUGAUCUGGUUGUGGGUGACAUCUUGCAUCUUUCAGUAGGCGAUGUGGUUCCUGCAGAUGGCCUGUUCAUCUCUGGCUACUGCCUAGUCAUAGAUGAAUCUAGCUUAUCAGGCGAGAGCGAACCAGUUGAUGUUUCUGAAGAAAAGCCUUUCGUUCAUGCUGGAAGUAAGGUGGUAGAUGGGACUGCCAAGAUGCUUGUGACUGCUGUUGGUAUGCGUACUGAAUGGGGCAAAGUCAUGGAUACUCUGAGUGCUGAUGGAGUGGAUGAAACCCCUUUACAAGUUAAGCUCAAUGGUGUGGCCACGAUCAUUGGACAGAUCGGGCUGGCGUUUGCUAUCCUCACAUUUCUAGUGCUCCUAGUGAGGUUCCUGGUGGACAAAGGAAUGCAUGUUGGGUUGUCAAAUUGGUCAGCAAAUGAUGCGCUGACAAUAGUGAACUACUUUGCUAUUGCAGUGACAAUCAUCGUUGUCGCAGUGCCCGAGGGUCUACCACUGGCUGUGACUCUUAGCCUCGCGUUUGCCAUGCAGAAGUUGAUGAAUGACAAAGCGCUAGUGAGACAUCUCGCUGCGUGUGAGACCAUGGGUUCAGCAAGUUGUAUUUGCACUGAUAAGACUGGAACUUUGACGACUAACCACAUGAUCGUUGACAAGGUUUGGAUGGGCGAUGUAUCCAAGUCUGUCAACAGUGAUACAAAUAUGAACGAGCUGAAGGAUGCUACUGCAGAAAGUGCUGUGGACUUACUUGUUCAGGGAAUAUUUGUGAACACUGCUGCUGAGAUCGUGAAGGGAGAUGAUGGCAGAAGAUCUAUCUUAGGCACACCAACUGAAGCAGCGUUGUUGGAGUUUGGCUUGGGCUUGCAAGGAGAUCUAUACGGUGAGUACAAUAAGAUGGCAAGAGUCAAAAUAGAGCCCUUCAACUCAGUUAAGAAAAAGAUGUCUGUGGUAAUACAGUUACCUAAUGGAGGCCUCCGGUCCUUCUGCAAAGGUGCAUCAGAACUUAUUCUAGGGCAGUGUGACAGCUUCCUCAACAGUGAAGGAAAUUUAGCACCACUGUCAGAAAUGCAAAAGCAGAAUGUCUUAGAUAUAAUAAACUCGUUUGGAUCUGAGGCGUUAAGAACGCUCUGUAUCGCGUUUAAGGAUCUGGGUGAAAUUCCUGACGACCAAACAAUACCAGAGGAUGGUUACACACUAAUAGCGCUUUUUGGCAUAAAGGAUCCAGUCCGUCCCGGUGUGAGGGAUGCAGUGAUGACCUGCAUGGCUGCUGGAAUUAAAGUUACAAUGGUGACUGGAGACAACAUCAAUACUGCUAAAGCCAUUGCCAAGGAAUGUGGGAUAUUAACCGAGGAUGGAAUCGCAAUAGAAGGAAGAGAGCUUCACGAUAAGAGCAUGGAUGAACUGAAGGAGAUCCUGCCUAAAAUUCAGGUAAUGGCCCGGUCCUUGCCGAUGGACAAAUAUAAACUGGUGACAAGCCUAAAAAGUAUGUAUCAAGAGGUGGUGGCAGUUACUGGUGAUGGAACCAAUGAUGCCCCAGCAUUGAGUGAGUCAGACAUAGGUCUGGCCAUGGGAAUUGCCGGCACUGAGGUCGCAAAAGAAAAUGCCGAUGUUAUAAUAAUGGAUGAUAAUUUCAGUACCAUUGUAAAUGUUGCUAGAUGGGGUCGUGCGGUUUACUUGAACAUUCAGAAGUUUGUGCAGUUCCAGCUUACAGUUAAUAUAGUGGCUCUGAUAGUGAAUUUCAUCUCAGCGUGUAUCAUAGGUACUGCACCACUUACUGCCGUCCAGUUGCUAUGGGUGAACAUGAUCAUGGAUACAUUAGGAGCCUUGGCCUUAGCGACAGAGCCGCCUAACGAUGAAAUGAUGAAUAGACCACCAGUGAGACGGGGGCAUGGUUUUAUCACUCAGGUCAUGUGGAGAAAUAUUCUUGGGCAGGCUUUAUAUCAGCUCCUUGUGCUUGGUACUCUCAUGUUUAAUGGGAAGAGGAUCCUUAACAUCGAAGGCCCAAAUGCUGAUAGAACUAUCAAUACCCUCAUAUUCAACUCUUUUGUGUUUUGCCAGGUUUUCAACGAGAUAAAUAGCAGGGAAAUGGAAAAGAUCAACGUGUUCAGAGGGAUACUGAAAAACUGGGUCUUUAUCGGUAUAUUGACAACAACCAUCAUAUUCCAAGUAAUCAUAGUAGAGUUUCUUGGAACCUUUGCAAACACCGUACCAUUGAGUUGGGAGCUAUGGUUGCUCAGCGCUAUUCUUGGCUCGGUCAGUUUGGUUAUCUCUGUUAUCCUCAAGUGCAUUCCCGUCGAAUCUAGGAAAACGGAUAUUAAGCCCCAUGGCUAUGAGUUGAUUCCUGAAGCCCCAGAAACAGUUUAGGCCGAUUAUUCCUGUCCCACAUGAAUUGGAUGAGAUUAGAGAAAAUUAUAAAGGAUUUUGAUUUAUUUGGAAUUGAGAGGGAAUUAAGUUUGGCUUGUACAUAAUUUAAAUUAAACGACGCUUAUUCUAGGAUGGCGUAUCUAUGUCAUGUGUGCACACAA